UGUCGCUAUCGAAAGCAACGUUAUCUUCGUCUGCUUCGUCCAAGCUCUUGCUUAUUGCGAGCAAGUGACGAUGCUCAACACUAGCCUUGGUCCGAAUGGGAUGACAGUCGAACGAAUGGACAUGCCCUAUUCGUCGCUACGACAAAUGGCCGCAAAACUCUCUCAGAGACGCAGUGGCAAUACACGAGGCUCAGCACCCAGCACUGCUUCUAAUGUCGAUGACGAAGAAUGCCUUGACAAAGCCAUGCAGUACCACACUACUCCCAGCGGCACAUAUGAUGGCGCAGACUUAAAGGAUGGUUGGGAUGACGCUCUUGCAAACGAAUUGGACGCAGAUGACCGAUUGGAAUCACGUACAAGCCGAUCACUUGACGAAUACAUCGACAGCAACCGAGAGGCGUGUCAGAACCUUAUUCAGUCGUUGUUGAAGACUGGGCACUUCGGUGGCCGGGAGUCAACGCAUGACCAUGCCAAAAUUCUGGAGAUCAUCCAAGCAGCAAUGUCUUCGGCGCAAUGUAUCCGGGUGAUGAAGGAGUUUGCGAAGACUGGUCACCAUGGCAUAGUCAUAAAUCUUCUAGACGCUGUAUUGGUUAAUAUCAAUCCCCAAACCCAUCUUUAUACGACCGUCUUCCAUGCGCUUCGCAAAUUGUGCAUAGAACAUAGCGACAUUCCAGUAUCAUUGGUACUUCCAACAAACUCCGUGACUUUGGAUGGUCAUCCGAACCGACCGGACGAGAAGGGAGGAUGCGCCGACAUUUAUCUCGGACAAUGGAAUGGGAAGACAGUCGGUAUCAAGGCUGUCAGGAUGACCCAACACGAUCCCCUUGAUGCAUUGAUGAAGAAAAUCGCUAAAGAAGCAACACUUUGGAGGCGUCUCACGCAUCCGAACAUCGCGCCCUUUUAUGGAAUUGACCGUCAACACUUCGAUAUAAGUAUGAUAUGUCUGUGGAUGCCAGACGGGGACAUUCUCAAGUUUCUGAAAAACAAUCCCAGUGCAAGUCGCCCACAGCUGCUCCUGGAUGUCGCCCGUGGACUCGAAUACCUCCAUUCAGACGAGGUCGGUAUCGUCCACGGGGACCUAAAAGGGCCAAACAUCUUGGUAGACAGGCAGCAUCGGGCUUGUCUCACAGAUUUCGGGUUAUCCGCUGCGCUCUACGGUUGCGACACACUGAACACUGUCAGUUGCAUGACCAAAUUCGAGUCCACGCUACGCUGGAUGUCACCGGAGUUGCUUAACCCAGAAGGCUUUGGGUUGCAUAGCGCAACAGCGUCCAAAUAUAGCGAUGUAUAUGCAUACUCCAUGGUCAUGUGGGAGGUGUUCACCGGGAAGGUACCAUUCUAUCAAUUUGACAACAAGGGCACCGUUGUAUUCAAGAUCGUCAGCGGUCUACGGCCCCAACGUCCCGCCGCCAGCGACGAUUGCUCAGGGCCAUCCGACAUCAUUUGGUCCAUCAUGGAAUCCUGUUGGGACCAAUUGCGUGUCAACAGACCGUCCAUUGCGGAUGUGGCUACCGACUUGCACAAUGUCUGGGGUUUGCAGCUCCCUUCAGGCAGUCCCUCUGUCAACGAGGUUACGGAAGAAUGUUCGCAAGAUAUGCGUAACCUACGUAUCGGGGCUUAACUUGUCACAGCGCAUGGCGAAUGAGCCUGAGAGAUUGAAGAUUGUUGGUUAGGAGUACCAUAGUGGCCCACACGUUUGUACAUGUACUCAUGAAAUAUGUGGGCUGCAACAACGCAUGUAAUGACGC